AUGCCCAAAUACUACAGUACAGCUACCUUCGUCAAGAGCCUAAUACUCCUAUUACUGAUAGUCGAGUCUGUCACCAUCUAUUUGAUUCGGAACAUUGUCCCUCGCUUUAUCACAGAGGCACUCGCAGGUUGUAUGGCCUUUACAUGGGCCCUUGCUGUGGCCUUUACCAGAGGUCGCAGUACCAGAAGGUUUAUGCAGUCAGGAGUCAUGUUCGACAUCCUGUGCUGUUCUUUCACAAUAGCUUGGGGUGGCAUACUUUGCCACAUUGGUCCAAUGGAAACUUUGAAAGUUACACUCGCAAUCCCUGGGAUGCUAUUGAUACUAUUGGGUGCUGUAGUAUUUGUGUACUCGGUGCCUGUUUUCUUUCAUGGCCAAGUUAACUUCCGAAAGUCACUAUUUGGUCAACAUUUCUCAAAGAUUUUUGGAGACGUCGAGAAGCCCGAUUCAAAGGCAUGUGUAAGAGAUGGAAAGCUACUAGCUACUGCCUGCUGCGACAUAAACACGUACACAUGGGAUAUUGCUGGGAUUGUUAAAGAAGCUGGCCUUGAAGACCUACUUUUGAAUUCAAAGGCCAAUCAGUCGGUACUCCAUGCUAGUGCUACACGACUUCUGGUCCAACGACGUCCGCCUGCUUAUCGGGUACCCCAAGGUUUUUUCGAUGGAGUCCCACCAAAUCGUUCUCAUUCCUCUGCACGAAACUACCCCUACUCCUCAGCAUCGCCAGGCACCACACGUCUCAGCUGUCUGUUCCACCGCAACCGCAACCCAUCCAGUGCUCAUGCUACGUCACCAUCCUCCCCUUUCGACUGGGCUCGAAACAUUUUGAAACGGCGCAGACAAAGAGGUGAAGGCAUUGCGUUUCAAGGAUCCGGUCCCGCAGUUGUCGAGGUCCCGUACGCGAAGGGCAAACGUAGAAAUACUUGCGCGAGGGAGAAACGGAGAACAUUAUUUCCCCCGAAGAUCCCUACCGCAAGUAGCUCACGGCCUCCAAAGCUCAAUGCCACCCAGUCAUCAGUGAAUUGAUGAGUCCUCGAUAUCGUAGCCGUGGGAAGUAUAGCACGAUGUAAUUCUGCUGCCGCCAAAUAUUAGCUUUUAUACUGCGAGCAAUUUGAGUUGCACAUACAUACCCAUGUAUGCUUGUAAAUCCAGCUUAACAUGAAUGAUUUAUGACAAUGCUGGGACAUUCCGCCUUUGCAGCCAAUGAGUAGUGGUAGUAUACCCGAGCCAAUCGUUUUGAGCUUCGACAUCUCACCUAGU